GGAGGUGGAGCUGGUCGCCGCAUCGCCACCCUCGCCCGGCGCCCCGCCGGGCACCUCCCCACGCAUGGGCAUCAUCCGCCGCACCAUCAAGUACUCGGAGACGGACCUGGACGCCGUGCCCAUGCGCUGCUACCGGGAGACGGACCUGGACGAGGUGAUGCUGGCGGAGGAUGAGGAGGAGGAGGAGGAGGAGAGGAGGGGGGCGAUGACGACUCGGCGUUCGGGAGUGAGCGGAGCGUGCUGGGCACCUCGGGCGGACGGGGCGGACGGGGCCCCGGCGGCAGGAGGAGGGCGAAGGGGGUCGAGGAGGAGCCGCUGGAGGAGGAAGAGGAGGAGGGGGUGGUGAGCUGGGCCAGCGUGAGGAUGCUGGGAGACAGGAAGAGACAGGCGGCCACCACGCGCCACCACGAGGAGGACGAGGUGCUCAGCCGCCUGCUGAAAGGGUGUCCCCUCACCUGCAGCCCCUCAGACAGCCAUUCCAACAACCAAUCAACCAUCAAGUCCCCCGUCGCCGUGGGCAAACCACGCCACAUCUCGGCCGACAGCCUGGACACCUUCAGCCGGCACUUUGAGUGCAUCAUGGAGUCUCACCGCGCCAAGGGCACGUCCUACAGCAGCCUGGACAGCGAGGACAUGACCUCCAGCGGCCCGCCGGUCUUCACCUUUGACCUCCCGACCCUCACCCCUGAGAUCCAGAGCCAGAUCUGUGCGAGCGCACGGCAGAUCAGCAAGCUCAGCUUUGCCCCGCUGGCCCGAGCAGAACCCCUGAGUCUAUCGGACCGCACCGGAGGAUCGGACCCGACGCUGGCGCCCUUUAAGGAGGAUGACAGCGGCUCGGAGGACGACACCAACAGCAGCACCACAGACAUGCCCAUGUCUGAAGGCAACCUGGACUCACCACUCGGGGAGAAGCCAUGCCUACACAUCCCGGAGUCGGACCCUGAGGUGGCGGAGCGGCUGGCCUUGGGCAGCCCGGACAACCUGUCCAAUGGGAACAAGGCCGACCUGGAGGCCGCCAAGCGGCUGGCCAAGCGCCUCUACAAACUCGACGGCUUCAGGAAGUCCGACGUGGCCCGGCACCUCGGCAAAAACAAUGACUUCAGUCGCAUGGUGGCGGAGGAGUAUCUGACCUUCUUCAACUUCACCGGGAUGACCGUGGACCAGGCACUGAGGGCCUUUCUGAAGGAGUUCGCCCUCAUGGGGGAGACGCAGGAGAGAGAGCGGGUGCUGUCCCACUACUCCAGAAGAUAUCUGCAGUGCAACCCCAACACCAUACCCAACGAAGACAGCGUCCACACUCUGACCUGUGCGCUGAUGCUCCUCAACACUGACCUGCACGGCCACAACAUUGGGAAGAGGAUGUCCUGCAUGCAGUUCAUUGGCAACCUGGAAGGGCUGAAUGAUGGGCAGGAUUUCCAAAGAGAGCUUCUCAAGGCAUUGUACCACUCAAUCAAGAAUGAGAAGCUGCAGUGGACCAUCGAUGAGGAGGAGCUGCGGAAGUCCUUCUCGGAGCUGGCCGAGACUCGCACGGACUCGGCCUCCCACACCAUGAAGCGCGUCAACAGCGGCAGCAACCCCCUGGUCAGCGUGGCCCAGCAGUCCAACGCCCAGCUCUACAAGAACGGCUUCCUGGUGCGCAAGGUCCACGCCGACAUCGACGGCAAGAGGACUCCCCGAGGGAAGCGAGGAUGGAAGUCGUUCAAUGCCAUUUUGAAGGGCCUCGUUUUGUACCUGCAAAAGGGGGAUUACCAGCCGAACAAGCAGUUGACUGACGAGGACCUGAAGAACGCCGUGUCCCUCCAUCACGCGCUGGCCAUGAAGGCGGCCGACUACAGCAAGAGGCCGCACGUCUUCUACCUGCGCACGGCCGACUGGAGGGUGUUUCUCUUCCAGGCCCCGAAUGCUGAGCAGAUGCAGUCCUGGAUCACUCGCAUAAACACAGUGGCAGCCAUGUUCUCAGCCCCUCCCUUCCCCGCGGCCAUCGGCUCUCAGAAGAAGUUCAGCCGGCCUUUGCUGCCAGGCUCCACCACGAAGCUCACUCAGGAGGAGCAAGUCCAGUCCCAAGAAACGCGGUUUCGGGCAGUGUCCUCGGAGCUGACUGAACUGCGCGCUGUUCCCCCAGAUCGCAAGGUCAAAGGUCGUGAGCUGGAGGAAUACAAGCAGCGGGAUGAGUAUCUGGAGUUUGAGAAAACGCGCUACGGGACCUACGCCAUGCUGCUGAGGGCCAAGAUCCGCAGCGGCGAGACGGACCUGGCCGCCUUCGAGACGCGUCUCUUCAGCGACAGCGGGCUCAAGAGGGCCCACUCCAGCCCCACGCUGCCCCAGGAGAGCUGCAGCAGCCAGGCCAGCAGCAGCAGCAGCGUCGGGGACAGCAGCAGCAUCAGCGGAGCGGCGGCCCGCAGCAGCGCCAGCGCCAGCAGCAGCAGCAGGAGGGGCAAGCGCCCCGAGGGACAGAGGCACAGCUACAGGAAGGCGGUCAAACAGUGAACGGGUGCUCAGGGGCUGGGAGAGGACUUUAGGGAGGAGGCUUGGCCAGGGGGGCCUUGACCCUCCAACACCUGCUGGAGGUUUUUUUUACUGAAAAUCUUUAUGAGGAUUAGAUUUAUGGGGUGGACCAGGUUGUAGUUACAUCGUGGUGUAGCUGACUCCUCCAUCCAUCCGGCCUGGGGUUACUCUCAAGACGAGAGUGAGGGUUUGGCCCAGCGAGGCCUGGCCAUGGUGCAGAGGGUUGUUUAGGAUGAGGGCAGAUGGAUGGAUGGACGGACGGGUGAACAAAAAAACGUCUUUUUCUUUUCUGAGUGAAUAUCACCAGCUUCAGAUCGUUUUUGUGUUCUUUGUGCAUCUCUGGGGUUUGCUUUUGUUUUCUGACAACUUUCUUCAAACUGGGAGGUUGAGCUGCUUUCUUCAGGAGGCAGCGCUGGAACUCAUUCCUGCCAUGUGUCUCUGAAGGCGCUUCAGGGCUAUGAAACACUCAUCAGUAAACCCUCGGACCAAACCAGUGGUGCAGGACAAAGCCCUCUCCACGGCAACGUGGUCGUCAUGGCAUCCGAGCCAGUGGUUCCUACCGCUUCCUUUCAGCACCUGGAACCUACCGCUGCCUGCCACGAAGAUUGAGAAAGAGAGGGAUGGACAUUUUUCUGUAUUUUACCUUUCUUUUGUUUUUACGCAUGGGGAACAAAAAAGCUCCAGGAAUCUAUCAUUCCGUUAAUGGACUCUCCAACCAUAGUAUCGUAAGAUAUUCAGACAAAAACCGCCCGCUGUAUAUUAAACGUUUGUCAACGCAUGGUUCAAAGCAUGCUUAUGAUUUUUUUUUUAAAGAGAGUCGCUUUUCUUCAUUUCUUCCAGUGUUUGUUUACCGCGCUAAAAUAGUGAAGAAAUCUCUUUCCUGACAGACCAUUAUGAAUGUCAAGGUCAAACAGAAGGCCAGAGGGAAGCAAAAUGACAAUGAAGUGAUGAAGUGAAGAUGAAGAUUAAGACUGUUCAGUGUGAAUGCACACGGCUUUACUCCACAUCCUGUGAAUUGUAUUUGUAUAUAUAGAUAUAUAAUAUCUGCUAAUGUUUUUAUGAGCUGAGCUGAGCACAAUGUUUCGCAUAUAUGACUGGACCUCGGGAAAGCAAAUCUGUACUCAGGCUCUGUUGGUCACAGCUCACCACCGCAAUGCAAGUGCUCAGCCACUAGGGGGCUCUCUAGCCGAAUUUGAGACGGCUUCCGGAAGCAGCCUGGGUGAGUUCUUGGUGGCUUGAGAAAAGCAGAGUCAACCAGCAGCAACUGGUUUCUGAGUAACCUAUCUGAAUGUGAUGAUCAAGAGUGACUUGAGGGCUUUUGGUGGAGAAACACACUUGUUUUACUCUGAAACGGUGAUAACUGUGUUAAGGUAAAAAAAAGGGCAGAAAUUCACAAACAAGGUCUUGUUAGGUGGAGAACCUCCAGAUAGACAAUCUCAACAAUCUCUCUUCUAAUUUAAUGGCUGUGACUCAUAGAAGCACGAGACCAGGUGUCCGUAGUGAGAAGCAUUGCGUAUGCUUGUGUGGACUUUAAGGUAAAGGCAUCAUUAGGUAGUCAACCUCAGUGGCACUGCAGAUAUUUCUUAUACUAUAUAGGGUGCACAUCAAAUGUUAAGAGAUUUAUUUAUACAUAUAUAUUUUUUGGACAUCUAUUGUUCAUGUCUUGUUGAGUAUUUGUAAGUACUAUUAAAAUGUACCGGUAUUGAAUUUAAUGCAGUUUUACGUAAGGGUUUUUACUGGAUAAUCAUGCUAAAAUCAUUCAAAUGUAGUUCUGUUGCAUCUCACAUUGUUCCAUGCUACUUAUUUGUAUUCUGUUGUUUCCUGUUUGGUUAAGGAGACGCCCAUAUUAGCUGUAUAUACUGUGAAUAAGAUGCUCUGAUUGCUCAACGAGACCAUGUUACAUUGUUUGUAUGUUUUCAGAGCAUAGUGACAAAAUAAAACACAUUUUAAAAUGACAAAUGUUAAGGAUGACAUUCCAAA